CUUCACGUGACGGGGGAAAGCACCUCCUCCUCUUCCGCCAAAGGCCGCCUCCGCGUUGGCUUCACUGCGGCUGGGGGAACUUCCUCAGCGCCAAAUUCAAACAGGGCGCCAUUUUGAGCAGGGACUUCAGGCACGGUCGGAGGGGGAGGCAUGAGGAUGGCCCCCGGGACGAACGAUGAGUCACGUGAUGUGAUGUUAGCUGCCUCAAGUACUGAAGGUGAUGCUAUCAAGGUUUACAUCAGGGUGCGUCCUGCUCCAGAGGGAUCUGUCCUUCCUGAUGGGGAUCGUGGCUUGUGUUUGUUGGUUCUUUCAUCAAACACUAUCCGUCUUCAUUCAAAGCCUGAACCUAAGAUUUUCACCUUUGAUCAUGUGGCAGAUAUGGACACAACCCAGGAAAUUGUUCAGAUUAAGCAACCAUACACUUCUGCAGAAUUCAACUGCAGUUGUAGGGCGAUCCUUUUACAUAAGAUCUGGUACUUCACAGGUCUAUGACUUUGCUACCAACCUACUUUAAGGAAUCGGUGUUCUCAAGUGUGGCGAAAAAUAUCGUGGAAUCAUGCAUGAAUGGCUACAAUGGAACCAUUUUUGCAUAUGGCCAGACUGGUUCAGGGAAAACGUUUACUAUGAUGGGACCUCCUGACUCUGAUAACUUUACUCAUAAUCUGAGAGGAGUAAUUCCACGGAGCUUUGAAUAUCUAUUUUUUCUAAUUGAGCGUGAAAAAGAAAAGGCUGGUGCUGGAAAGAGUUUUCUCUGUAAGUGUUCGUUUAUUGAAAUCUACAAUGAGCAGAUAUUUGAUCUACUGGACUCUGCUUCAGCUGGACUGCUCCUCAGAGAGCACAUUAAAAAGGGCGUAUUCGUUGUUGGUGCAGUGGAGCAUGUGUUGACCUCAGCUGCUGAAGCCUACCAAGUGUUAACAGUGGGCUGGAGAAAUCGCCGAGUCGCAUCCACUUCAAUGAACAGAGAGUCCUCAAGGUCACAUGCCGUUUUCACUAUCACAGUAGAAUCAAUGGAGAAGAACAAUGAGGUUGUGAACAUUCGAUCCUCGCAGCUCAAUUUGGUGGAUUUGGCUGGGUCUGAGAGACAAAAAGAUACUCAUGCUGAAGGUGUUAGGCUAAAGGAGGCCGGUAACAUAAACCGAUCACUAAGUUGCCUGGGCCAAGUGAUCACUGCGCUUGUUGAUGUGGGCAAUGGAAAACAAAGACACAUCUGCUACAGGGACUCCAAGCUCACUUUUCUGCUACGGGAUUCACUUGGAGGUAAUGCCAAAACUUGUAUUAUAGCAAAUGUUCAUCCAGGAUCAAGAUGUUUUGGUGAAACCUUGUCCACUCUUAACUUUGCUCAGAGAGCCAAACUUAUUAAAAAUAAGGCUGUAAUAAAUGAAGACACCCAAGGGAAUGUGAGACAGCUACAGUCAGAAGUGAAGAAACUGAAAGAGCAGCUUGCUUUGCUUACUUCGGGAAAAUCUGUGCAUGACGUUUCUCUGCCUUCAGCUACCAUCACACAUGAUGUGGGAAGUACAGAUUAUGUCAACCGUUUCUUCGAAGCGAUGCUGUUCCUGGAAAAAUCUGAAAGUGAAAGAAGGAUGCUGUUAGAAAAAGUUGCCCAGUUAGAAGAUCUUUGUGUCAAAAAGGAGAAGUUCAUUCAGUCCAAUAAAAUGAUAGUUAAAUUCAGAGAGGAUCACAUCACUCGUCUGGAGAAACUACACAAAGAAGCUCAUGGCAGUUUUUUGCCCAAGGAGCAAGAUGAGUUGUUCAGUGAAUUGAAAGUGGAGCUGAAGAUUCUCAAAGAACAGAUAGAGCAACAUCCACGAGUUGCAAAAUAUGCCAUGGAGAAUCACAACCUCCGGGAGGAGAACAAACGACUUCGCUCCUUACAGUCAGUGAAAAGAGCCCAGGAAAUGAAUGCUCAAGCCAUGGCAGAAUUGGAAAUGUUUUUCUUAGAGGCUUCUGAUAGAGAGCACAAUAAUGGAGCAGGUCCACAGGUGUGUCCUGCCAGCAUGUCAGUGGAUAACAAUUCUGCAGCAUCUGUUGAAAGGUUGAAGGAACGUCUGAUGUGUACACAGAGUGAACUGGCAAGUUCCAAGCAAGAAUAUGAAGAAUUUAAGGAGUUAACAAAGAAAAAAUGCAUGGAGCUGGAGUCGGAACUUCAGUCUCUACAAAAGGCAAACAAGCAUCUUGAGAAAAUUUUGGAAGCAACCAAGGCUUGCAAACGCCAGGAAGUUUCCCAGCUUAAUAAAAUACAUAGAGAAACUUUAAAGAACAUAACUACUCCAACAAAGGCCUGUCAGCUAAGGUCUCGGCUGGUGCCUCGCUCAACUCCUGAAAUGUUGAGCCAAGAGUCCAUUGAUCUUCAGAGUUCAGAAGAGAUGUUGGACAAUAUUUUGAAUGAGCCAAUGCCUCCUGAGAUGAAUGAACAAGCAUAUGAGGCUGUUACGGAAGAGCUGAGAGUGGUGCAGGAAGAAUUAAAUGCUGUGCAGACCAAGCUAGAUGAGGAAGAAAGUAAAAAUAUAAAGCUUCAGCAACAUGUUAAUAAGUUGGAGCACCAUUCUUCACAAGUGCAAGAGCUUUUCUCCUCAGAAAGAAAUGACUGGCACACUGAAAAACAAGUGCUUCUUGAAAAAAUAUACUCUCUAGAAAAACAGUACCAAGACACUCAAAGCAAGGCUGAUGUGUUAAACAGUGAGGUCUGUGACUUGCGAAUUGUCCUUCAGUCUGCUGAUAAGGAGCUGUCUGCUGUAAAACUGGAAUAUGCCACUUUCAGAGGAAAGCAAGAGAGAGAGAUCAGUGAACUUUCUUCCAGACAUAUGAACGUACAGCUCCAGCUUGAUAAUGUCAGACUACAAUAUGAAAAGGUGCUUGAAGGAAAAACAAGCCUGCAAGAUGACUUUGAUAAUCUUCAGGAAAUACUGAAAUUUGAGACUGACCGGCUGACGCAGCAGCUCACUGACAGCAAGCAAGAAACAGAAGUGCUGAAAAUGGAGCUUCGGAAUCUCUUAGGCCAGUUGGAAAGUGAAAAAGAACAUAAUCAAAAAUUAGCAAUGCAGCUGCAAGAAGACAAAGAACAUACUUCCAAGGAGCACCUGAAGGCUUUUGAAAUUGCACAACUGGAGAAACAGUACUCUGAAAUAAUGUCAAGAUAUGAGCAGCAGGAAACAAAGCUGCAGAAAAUGGAGCAAAAUUUAAUUGCUGCUGAAGAUGUUAUUGCUUCUCUACAAAAGACAAAUACUGCUGAUAAGGAGGUUGUAACGGACCUGAUGAGUCAGAUCCAGAAGAUGAGGAUAUCUACCAGUCAGAAGACAGAGUGCAUAGAAGGGCUGACAAGAGAGCUGGAGGACAUAAAUUGUAAAUAUAAUUCUGCUUUGGCUGCAAAAGAGGAAAGCAAAGCAAUAAUAGAAGAUCAAGAAAGGCAAAUUGAAGAGCUGAGGGAAGCAUUAGAGAGAGUACAGACUGCUGACAAAAUUGAGAAAGAACUUCUUUGUGAAGACCUGCACCAUACCUCUGAGCAGCUAAGCAAGUUAACAGAAGCUUCCAAAAAUUAUGCCUUGCUUCUUCAGUCUGCACAAGAAGAUCUAACUAGAAAAGAAGCAUUAAUUCAUGAACUUCAGCAACAGCUGGACAAAAAGACAGAUGAUCUGAAAAACCGGCGAAAUGAAUGUGAAUUUAAAAUGCACCAAUUAGACUGUUCUUUGGAAUCUGCUUCUAUAGCACUUUUACAGAGCCCCCAAACUCCAUCUAACCUAGACACAAAUCUGGUAAAACUGAUAGAAACGCAAGAGCGGGAGAUAGCAGACCGGAGAGCAUCUGCAAUAACCUUGGAGCUUCUUGUAUCAGAACUUAAUGAAGAAAGAGAAGCUAAGAACAGUGAAAUUCUAAGACUAAAGAGUCAGUUAUGUGAAAUGGAAAACACCCAUUUGGAAAUGCAGGUAUUAAUGGAAAACAACAGUAUUCUGCAGAGCCAGCUUGAAGAAGCCAGGAGAAGGAGGAGGAUCAGUGGUCCAAAGUAUCCAGAUAUUCAAGACUUGAGAGAGAAGGAGACUGCUGAAGAGAGACUAGCGAAGUUUAAAGCAAUGGAAGAAAUGUUGAAAGUUACGUCAGAGUUGGAAAAAACUAGGCGUGAUCUUAGAAGCAAGGAGACUGCCUGUCAGGAUAUGACUCUAGAGCUAGAACGAACAAGAGCUUUGGAGUUAAAGGCAUUCCAGGAGAAAGAAGACAUGAGAUCAAAACUGGAAGAGAGCUAUGAAGAGAGAGAGAAAAUUGAAAAGGAAAUGUCCUUGCUAAGAAAACAAGUUGAGCUUCUUGCUGAGGAAAAUGGGAAGCUGGUAGGUCACCAAAACUUAAAUCAGAAGAUCCAGUAUCUUGUGAAACUGAAGAAAGAGCACGCUAAACUUAUGGAGGAAGUGGAAGUACUUCGUGUUGAAAAUGCCUUUUUGAAAGGACGGGUUGAACUUUGCCACGAGUCAUCCUGAUCAACUGCACCAAGAAAUAAAAGCACAAAUUUUAGCAGUAAUUUUAGCAAAAACAAAAACAAAAACUGGGCUUGGCCAUCCCCACUUGACAGAAGCACAUUUGCUCAGGGUUGUUGUAAACUUUGUAGCAAGUCUGUUGGUAUUUCUGAAUAGAGCAUUCUUGUUUCAUGUAAUCUUCAAGGAAAUUCUAAUUCUUUCUUACUGAACCUGUUUUAUUCAGUCCUACUCACGUACGCUGAUGGUGUUGGAAAUGUCUCCUUGAGUGUCUAUCUCUUCUCCUUGUCUGUUAAGUAUAAUUUUAAGGCUUCCUGUCUUUCCAAGAGGACUGGAAUUUCCACAUUUGGCUUUACGUUAAAUCCAUGUAAUACUUUUUUCCACAGUUAGUGUAUAGUGAAUAUUGAGGAAAUUCAAUCUGUGAAUUAAUUCAUAUCUGUUUUUUGUUGCUCAAAUGUUUUUUGUGAGUGUCUUUUUUCAGUAAAACAAAAUUAUCACUAAAAUGAUGUGUCGCUAACAAUGGACAGUGUACACACUGUAUCAUGCUUCCUUUUCCUAACUUUUCCUUUUCUUGGAAUGAGUGCUAAAUCUAACCAAUCUUGUCCACUGUAAAUAUGAAAUUGCAAAAGUCCAAUUAAAAAGCAUGAACUUCAGCACUGUUAUCCAUCCAGGAACCACAUGUAUCAGCUGUUUGAAAGACAUGCUCAGUUAAUUUUGGAAAACUACAAGACUUCCUUAAUCACACUUCAACAAAACAAAAAAGGCAGGGGGGGAAAGGCUGAAAUCCUUUAGAAUUUGAAAUUAAUGCACAGACAAGGGAGCAAUAAGCUACAAUAACAGUUUUGUGACAUAAUUAAACUAGCUCUUUAGUAUUGAACUAAAUCAUACUAUGAUUUUAACAUAAUAUUUAGUCAUGCAAGAUCUCACUUGAAGAGGUUUGUACAUAAUGUACAGGAUAUAAAUAAUACUGUAGUUCUCUUUACUACAAUGAGUUACAAGGUGCCAAACAAUGUUAAGACUAUGGUUCAAAUCAGACAGUUCUCCAAAAUGCUUCCUGGAAUCAAUGUUUCAUGGAAUGCUUCCCUCUCCAUUUCUGGGUUUCUCUAAACCCGUCAGUCAAAUCAGAUAUCAGCAAAAAAAUGUUUUUUGUUUUUUUAAAAAAAAACAGAAAUGUAGGAAGAAAUCAAUAUAGGAGGGCAUGUGUACAAAUUCACAACAUUACCAUGGUUUGAGGGAUCCGAAUGUGAAUUCCAGAAGCUUCUGAAAUUCUAGGCUGCUUUACUUCUUAUCCUUGGAUGCCCAUGUACAAUGUACACGUUCCUUGUGACAGUUGAGAAUAACACUUAUACCUUUAACUCACUGGAGAAUGGGAUUCUACUUGCAGGCAUUGUGAUUGAGUUGGUACUCUGCAUCAGUGUUCAAAUUCUAAAGUGAAAACAGGCCCUAAAGAAAAUAGCAGGUGUGUAAUUUCAACAAAGCCUUGAUGGUAAGCAUAAAGAGAAUUUCCGUUUAUCUUUUUCCUGUAGUAGUCAUGUGGGUUCACUGCUUCUCUUUCUAUUCUGGACUAAGUGAUAUUCAUUCCCAUCUUAAGUUAUUGAUGGCUGAGGAACUCUGAAAUCAGUUUCCCACAGUUAGUAUUACUCCUUCAGACAUCUCAGUCUCAUCUAGGUAAAUAUUCCGGUGAAUCUGGUGAACUGUCUUUCUAGUCAUGGAUGGCUGAGGCCCUUUGAAAUCUGUUUCCCACGGUUGGAAUUACUCCAGAUAUCUAGGUAAAUAUUCCAACAAAUCUGGCAAACUGUCUUCCUAGUCAUGGAUGGCUUGAUGCCCUUUGAAGUUGGUUUCCCACAGUUACUAUUACUCCUUCUGGUACUGUGGUCUCAUCUAGGUAAACAUUCCAGCAAAUCUGACAGACUACCUUCCUCAUCAGAAUAUUGUCAAUGCUUGGCAUCUUUCUUGAAGGAAACGUACAAAUUACAUAUCCCACUUCCUUUGUAGUGAGCACUUCUCCUGUUCCACAACAGUUACCUCAGUAGAAAGGAGGAAACUGGUUAAUAUCUUACAUUAAAAUGACAUUCCAGAGUGCAAAUGUUUAUGGCAGCUACAGUAAGAUUUUAAAAUUCCAUGGUUUUUUAAACAUUUUUAUAUUGUAACUUUUUAAAGGACAGAAUAUGCAAAUAAAGAUUUUGUAACUGAACGAGA